AUGGCAGACCAAUUUUGUUUACGUUGGAAUAAUUUUCAAACAAAUAUUGUGAGUGCUUUGGAUUCCCUGAAAUGUUCCGAGGAUCUCGUCGAUGUGACACUUACAUGUGAAGGCAGAAAUAUCAAGGCUCAUAAAGUAAUACUGUCAGCAUGCAGCCCGUACUUUAGGAAUGUGUUCAAGGAGAACCCGUGUCAACACCCUGUUAUCAUAUUGAAGGAUGUUUUGGCAGAUGAUAUUCUCAGUUUGUUAUCAUAUAUGUACCAGGGAGAGGUAUUUAUUGAAGAGAGCAAGUUGUCAUCAUUUUUACACACUGCUGCUUUAUUACAAAUUAAAGGGCUAACUGGUGUAACACAGCAGAAUGAUAAUUUUUUACCUUCAAGUGCUAACAGUAAACAAUACAGUCAAUUGACAAUAUAUUCAAAGUCAGUCGGCAAUACUGCUCAAAAGGAAACUAGAAUACCAGCUCUUAAGAAGAGGCGCAGUAGCACUUCUGAUAAACCAAAUGAGGUUAGUCCUAUAGAUUACAAGAAGACCAAGAUACUCGAAUCCUGUGACAUUUACAAUAGAAAUAAUGGUGCCCAACUAAAAGUAGAUAACCCAAUAUUUAGUUCAGAUGCAAAUACUGAACGUAAGGCAGAAUCUAAAAGUGACUAUGUAGGUGUGAGCAAUGGAAAAAACACACAGGGUGAGGAUGGCCCUGUUACAGUUAAAACAGAAUGGAAUGAAGAGAAUAAUUCUCCAAAUCCAGGUGUACUAUGUUCUGAUAAUGAUGAUAGUCUUCCAGAUUAUGAGAAUAGCAUGCUGGCUCGAUCUCUCCUCUCAGGUAUAAACCCUUCAAAAUCCGAUACAAGUUCAAAAAAAGUUCCCCUCGAUAUGCACAAUGCAAACAGACAAAUCAAAGAAAGCAAUUCUGAUACAACAUUCACAAAUGCUAUAUCUAAAAGUCCACUAAUAACAGCUGAAGACUCAGUUGUCAAGACAGAAAAGCCAUCUCCAAAAUCUGAAGUUGAUUAUGAACCAGAGGUAUUGUUAUCUGAACAACAUGAAGGUAACGAAUCAGAGAAUUCAUAUUCAGAGCAGUCACAAGCAUUACUUCUAUUAGCUGGUAUGUCGUCUGUCCCAGUUCUAAACUCUGGUGCUUCAACCUCCCAAUCUGGAUCUCAUCAGUCAAAUCAUGCGGCAAUUUGUGGCGAUUGUCCACACUGUGGCAUGAAAUACUCAAAUCAAUCAGCUCUGAAAUACCAUGUGAGAUUAAUGCAUUCAGAUUUAACUAAUAGACUAUGUUGCUAUCUCUGUCCGAGGUCAUUUACCAUGCGAGAAACAUUCAAAGAACACAUGUGGUCGAGUCAUGGGCAGAGAAACUAG